ACGCUUGCUUCACAUCUAAGCCAACAAAAUCAAACACCGUCUGUGUACAGCGGAAGAACGAAGCCUCCCCGUUCUUCUUCUGCGCUUUCUCUUUCUACAACCGCUGCCGUUCUUUCGUUCUUUCUCUCUCCUCAACCUGCCACGUCACCUUCCUCUAGGAGUCGCGCGGUGUUGUUCGUUCUGCUGCCGUUGUGGUUCCGGCGAUGGGACAGCAAUCGUUGAUCUACAGCUUCGUCGCUCGCGGCACCGUGAUCCUUGCCGAGUACACUGAGUUCACCGGAAACUUCACGGGCGUGGCGGAGCAGUGCCUCCAGAAACUCCCUUCCUCCAACAACAAGUUCACUUACAACUGCGAUGGCCACACCUUCAACUACCUCGUGGAUAACGGAUUCACUUAUUGUGUGGUUGCUGUUGAAUCUGCUGGACGGCAGAUUCCAAUUGCUUUCCUUGAACGAAUCAAGGAGGAUUUUACCAAAAAGUAUGCUGGAGGAAAAGCAGCAACAGCUGCCGCUCAGAGCCUCAACAGAGAUUUUGGACCUAAGUUGAAGGAGCAGAUGCAGUAUUGUGUUGAUCAUCCAGAGGAAAUCAGCAAGCUUGCUAAAGUGAAAGCUCAGGUGUCAGAAGUCAAAGGAGUUAUGAUGGAAAAUAUUGAGAAGGUUCUUGACCGUGGGGAGAAAAUCGAGCUUUUGGUGGAUAAAACAGAGAACCUUCGUUCUCAGGCUCAGGAUUUCAGGCAGCAGGGAACCAAGAUUAGGAGAAAGAUGUGGUUUCAAAACAUGAAGAUAAAGCUAAUCGUUCUGGGUAUCUUAAUUGCCUUGAUUCUCAUUAUUGUUCUUUCCGUUUGUGGUGGCUUCCACUGUGGUAAAUGAGUCUUCCCACUUUCUGGCUUCAACUGUGGUAUUUGUCUCCUCACUCGAUAUGAUUGUUACUAGCAGAUUGCCAUUGUGCGCGUAGUGUCGGCAUGGUGCUUUUGACUUACUUUUUGGGAUUUACAUUCUUCCAAAUUUGAUGAUCAAUAUUACAUGGCAUUGCUUGUAUAGUGUGUGAUGCUUUAGUAUUUCCAUCUUGUCUCCCAUAGCGUAAUGGUAGUUUGCCAUUUUAUAUAGUUUAGGUGGGAGUUUAAUCAUUUGGUUUUGAAGAUUAUGCUGUUUUAUUUAUGACACAUAAGAAGCCAACCUUUGCGUAUUCUAAUGUGCUAAUUCUAAACGCUGUUGUUUGGUUAAAUUGGUGGGGUUUUAAUUCAUUCAUUAGGUUUGCUCAA